GGAAGUUGGGCCUGGCAAUUCGGAAGGUCCCGAGGAGGGACACCUGGAAGGAGCCGGGCGGCGGCGCUGUCCUGGUCUGAGAGAGUGCAGGGAAGGUGGGGCCGGCCGGGAGGCAGGGCGAUGUGGGCGGCCGCGCGAGUCCCCACGGUUGCGCGUGAGGACGGGCGGGCCGCCGGGAAGGUCCUGCCCGGCGAGGCGGAGCUCGACGCGGUGUGAGACCCCGACCCUGGGCGCCGAGCACGUGACGCACGGGUUGGGCGCGGCCGGAAGUGGAAUUGCGGCUCGGGGUGCUGUCCUGGGAGCCGAGUGCUGGACCAGAAAAAAAGUAAUCACUAGUAAGUGGAAGAACCAGGAUCCAGAUCCAGGACAGGAUGUCUCCAGAAUCUCCUUCAGUACAAACUGUCAUGUAAUGCUGAAUGCCUGCCCAAGCUCUGCACUCUCAGGGUAGCAUUCUUCUCCACAUGAAGAGCAAGGAAGAGGUGGAGUUGACAGGGAUUGAACUGGUUGAAGCCAUGUCCCUGGGUUUAGUGACUUUCACAGAUGUGGCUGUAGACUUCUCCCAGGAUGAAUGGGAAUGGCUGAAUUUUGCCCAGAGAAGUUUGUACAGGAAGGUGAUGCUGGAGAACUACAGAAACUUGGUUUCAGUAGGUCUUUGCAUUUCUAAACCAGAUGUGAUUUCCUUAUUGGAGCAAGAGAAGGAUCCGUGGGUAAUACCAGGAGAGAUGUCAAGAAAUCUGUGCCCAGACCUGAAGUAUAUGUGGUUGUCCAAGGAAUUAUCUUUAAACCAGGACAUUUAUGAAGAUUUAUCUCAGGAAGGACCUUUAAACUGUGACCUUAAAAGUUUCACAUUAGAGGAAAACUGGAAAUGUGAGGAGGGCUUAUGUGAGAGUGAGCCAGUGAGUCAGAUGACAUACUUGAAGCAAGAGAUGAUCAGUCAUAUUGAUAACCUUAGUGAGAAAGCAGACCACACUAUCAAAUCUGGGGCAGAUUUUCAUCUGAGUACAUUACCUUAUAUAAAACAGAUUUUUCCCAUGGAAGAGAGAGUAUAUAAUUUUGAUACAGAUGUGAAAACACAUUCAUUUGUGAAAAAAUGCAAGCAUGUUUAUGGAGAAAAGAAACUUUUAAAAUGUAAGGACUGUGAGAAAACACUCAACAAAAUCUCAGCCCUUACCCUUCAUCAAAGAAUUCACACUGGAGAGAAGCCCUAUGAAUGUAUUGAGUGUGGUAAGUCCUUUAGCCAGAGUGAUCUUGUGCAACAUCAGAGAAUACACACAGGAGAAAAACCCUUUGAAUGUAGUGAAUGCGGAAAAGCCUUCAGCCAGAACGCUCAUGUUACUCAGCAUCAGAGAGUUCACACUGGAGAAAAGCCUUAUCAGUGUAAGCAGUGUAAUAAAGCCUUCAGCCAGCUUGCACACCUUGCUCAACAUCAGAGAGUUCACACUGGAGAGAAACCCUAUGAGUGUGUUGAAUGUGGGAAGGCCUUGAGUGACUGUUCGUCCCUAGCUCAUCAUCGUAGGAUUCACACUGGGACAAGACCCUAUGAGUGUGUUGACUGUAGGAAAGCUUUCAGACAGAAUGCUUCUCUCAUACGUCAUCGGCGGUACUAUCAUACUGGAGAGAAACCCUUUGAUUGCAUCGACUGUGGGAAGGCUUUUACUGAUCACAUAGGACUUAGCCAGCAUAAGCGAAUUCACACCGGAGAGAGAGCUUACAAAUGCAGUAUGUGUGGUAAGGCUUUCAGCCAUGGCUGGUCCUUGACUGUGCAUCAGAGAGUUCAUGCAGGAGAGAAGCCUUACGGGUGUGGUAUUUGUGAGAAAGCCUUUAGCCACUGUGGCUCGCUGACUCUUCAUCAAAGAGUUCACACUGGAGAGAAGCCCUACGAAUGUAAGGAAUGUGGGAAAGCUUUUCGGCAGAGCACACGCCUUGCUCAUCAUCACAGAAUUCAUACAGGAGAGAAGCCUUACAAGUGUAAGGAGUGCAGCAAAACCUUCAGUCAGAACGUACACCUUGUGCAGCAUCGGAAAGUACACACUGGAGAGAGACCGUAUGAGUGCCAGGAAUGUGGUAAGACUUGCAGCCAGACUGCACACCUUGUUCAGCACCAGAGAGUUCACACUGGUGAAAAGCCUUAUGAGUGUACUGAGUGUGGGAAGGCCUUUCGUGAUGGCUCAUACCUUGUUCAACAUCAGACACUCCACACUGGCAAAAGACCAUAUAAGUGUCUUGCAUGUGGGAAGGCAUUCAGACAGAGGGCAUCCCUGAUUUGUCACCAGAGGUGAGAAACUUAUGGUUGUAGUGUUUGUGGCAAAGCCUUCAGCCACCAUAAGUCACUUACUCUACAUCAGAGAAUUCAUACAGGAGAGAAACCUUAUGAAUGUAAAGAAUGUAGCAAAUCCUUCAGCCAGAUCACCCAUCUUACACUGCACAAGAGAAUCCAUACAGGAGAAAGACCCUAUGAAUGUAAAGAAUGUGGAAAAGCCUUCAGGCAGAGUGUACAUCUUGCUCACCAUCAGCAAAUUCACACUGGAGAGUCAUCCUCUGUUAUUCCUGCCUCAGUCUCAUACCACCAAGUCCUGUAGAUUCCAAAUGCCUCUAGAACCUGCCUUUUACCAGUGUUUAUCCUGUUAUAUUUCAAGACAUAGCCAUCUCAUUUGGAUUUCUGCAGUACCAACUUUUGUCCCU